ACCCUGGACGAACAUGCUCGCCGGAAGGUCGCCACCUGGAAGUUCCCGCAGAACGACGCUGGACGAACAUCCUUGCCGGAAGGUCGCCAACCUGCAAGUUCACGCGGGACGAAGCUGGACGAACAUGAUCGACGGAAGGUCGCCAACCUGCAAGUUCCCGCGGGACGACCCUGGACGAACAUGCUCGCCGGAAGGUCGCCACCUGGAAGUUCCCGCGGAACGACGCUGGACGAACAUCCUUGCCGGAAGGUCGCCAACCUGCAAGUUCGCGCGGGACGAAGCUGGACGAACAUGAUCGACGGAAGGUCCAGCACAAUCGAAUGAAGUCCGCGGUCCUGGCCAAUUCCUUUCAAAUUUCGGUAAUUCAUCUGCAACAUUGUCUUGAUUUAGUUGACUAAUUGUUUCUUUUUCUUUUUUUACAGUUUAAUGCCACCCGGAAUUGCCAUGCGGAACGGCAAUGGCGGUUCCCUCUGAACGACCCUGGACGAACAUGCUCGACGGACGGUCCGCACCAGCAAGUUCUCGCGAGACGACGCCGGACGAACAUGCUCGCCGGAAGGUCGCCAAUCUGCAAGUCCGCGCGGGACGACCCUGGACGAACAUGCUCGCCGGAAGGUCGCCACCUGGAAGUUCCCGCGGAACGACGCUGGACGAACAUCCUUGCCGGAAGGUCGCCAAUCUGCAAGUCUGCGCGGGACGACCCUGGACGAACAUGCUCGCCGGAAGGUCGCCACCUGGAAGUUCCCGCGGAACGACGCUGGACGAACAUCCUUGCCGGAAGGUCGCCAACCUGCAAGUUCCCGCGGAACGAAGCUGGACGAACAUGCUCGCCGGAAGAUCGCCAACCUGCAAGUUUCGCGGAACGAAGCUGGACGAACAUGCUCGCCGGAAGGUCGCCACCUGGAAGUUCCCGCGGAACGACGCUGGACGAACAUCCUUGCCGGAAGGUCGCCAACCUGCAAGUUCGCGCGGGACGAAGCUGGACGAACAUGAUCGACGGAAGGUCCAGCACAAUCGAAUGAAGUCCGCGGUCCUGGCCAAUUCCUUUCAAAUUUCGUUUAAUGCCACCCGGAAUUGCCAUGCGGAACGGCAAUGGCGGUUCCCUCUGAACGACCCUGGACGAACAUGCUCGACGGACGGUCCGCACCAGCAAGUUCUCGCGAGACGACGCCGGACGAACAUGCUCGCCGGAAGGUCGCCAAUCUGCAAGUCCGCGCGGGACGACCCUGGACGAACAUGCUCGCCGGAAGGUCGCCACCUGGAAGUUCCCGCGGAACGACGCUGGACGAACAUCCUUGCCGGAAGGUCGCCAAUCUGCAAGUCUGCGCGGGACGACCCUGGACGAACAUGCUCGCCGGAAGGUCGCCACCUGGAAGUUCCCGCAGAACGACGCUGGACGAACAUCCUUGCCGGAAGGUCGCCAACCUGCAAGUUCCCGCGGAACGACGCUGGACGAACAUGA